AUGGACGAGGACUUCUCCUCCCAGAUGAAGAAGAUGGCCUUGGCCAUGGGCACGUCCCUGUCAGACAAGGACUUAGAGUUGCUGCCCACGGACAUGAGGCAUCACGGUUCCUUCAACUACCUCAAGUUCUUGGAGUACAUGCAGAAGUUCCAGGCCUCGGGGCAGCUGGAGAGCGCCAUCCGCCAGGCCUUCCAGACUCUGGACAAGGACAAGAGUGGCUUCAUCGAGUGGAAUGAGAUCAAGUACAUCCUGUCCAUCGCCCCCAGCAGCACGCCCACCGCCCCGCUGACGGACGAGGAGGCAGAGGCCGUGAUCCAGGUGGCAGACACGGACGGGGACGGCAGGAUCGACUUCGAAGAAUUUUCUGACUUGAUCAAAAAGGAGAAAGUUCCAAAGAAGUAGUGCCACACCCAGCCCUGGGCCAGAGGAAGCUACCCCACGGGGCAUCGCGGGGUGUUUGUGUGUCCGAUCAAGGAGGCCAUGGGGGUGGAC